AUGCCGAGUGGUUCUCGCCAUAGUUCGAAACAGCCGAAGAAGCCCAAAGAGCAACCCAAGGAAAAUUGGUAUAUAAUCAGGGAUAUUCUUCAGGAAAGGAAGCGCGGCGCAACGAUUGAAUACUUGGUGGACUGGGAAGACGACCCCGACACCGGCGAACGAUACCAUCCUACUUGGACCUCAAGCAAGGACGUCACGUCGAAGGCGAUAUUCGACUGGAGGAAGAAACUCGACGCACUCUAUCGGGAGGACCACGCGACGCGCAGCGAGGAGUCAGAAGCGCAAAGCACCGGAGGACUACAAGACGAGGGCGCAUCUACGCAUGCUUCAGCGACCGACUUGCUUGACAGCAGUCAACCCGUCCGGCCGCCACGCAGGCGAAAGGGGCAUCAAACUGAGCAGCCUGACGACUCGGAAGACGACCUCAAUCAGUCGAAGCGGAGAAGGCACCAUAGCGAGGCUCCUUCACUGUCAUCGGGCUCCGAGGUUGACACGGAUGCCGCGUCGGAAGUUCUAUACAACAACAACUCGAGUUUCUUUGUGGCAAUCCCCUCUAAGGUAGACCACGAUUUCUCCGAGUAUAUCAGUGUAUCAGACUCCCAGGGCUCAACUUCACUCGGCUCCCAAUCUGUCUCAGCCCUCGAGGACGAGGAUAGCCAGGUGGUGCUCGCUGAGAAUCUUAGUCAAAGGACCAUUCCCGACUCACAGGACUACUCGGCAUUCGAUACACAGGACUCGCAGGUUUCUAGCAAAUUGCUAGCAUCGUCUACUAUAAACAAAGAGGGAACUAUCACAGACCAAACAAUCGUCAUUGAGCAGGAGUUCGGCUUCCCAGGCUCUCCCUAG